ACCUAAACAAUAUAUUUUGCAAUACGUGAUUUUUUGAUAGUUCAGCAGUUCACCUUCUUAUCAACAACGCUACAUAUAAUACAUAACAUAUUUCCUAGACAUUACCGAUUUCAAUUUCAGUAGAAUUUGAACACUGAAUAAAAACACUUUUGGCAAUGCGAGUAAUUUGUCUGUGUCUUUUGUUUUUAAUCGCAAUUGUAGUAAAUGUGUCAGCUGAUUUGUCAUGUAAAGAUGAAGACAACAAUGAUGUCGAUUGGUGGUUCAUGUAUCUGCAGGAUGAUGAUGAUGAAAAAUACUUCUAUGUGACCAGCGAAAAUUACAACAAGUGGCAGAUGUCGAAUGAAACACUGAUGAGUAAUCGAUCACUGCUAUUCAGAGGAUUGAAUUUAGAAUCUAUUGAAGCUCUUGUUUCAUACAACGAUGUUCUUGCCAAUGGCACCACAUUCGAUUGGGGUGGAGCUUCUAGGGGAUGGCUCGCCGCAUCUCGACACAGGGGAAUUUGGAUUAUAUACUCGAUGCCCCUCGAUGUUAAUCUAACUCAGGCGUAUGGAGACCAUUAUCUUUGUCUAGCACUCGAUGAAAAGGGCGUGGAGAAAGCGGCUAAACUUUUCCUUCUCAUUGAGCCGCACUUUAACUUGACAUACCGAUCCUAUGAUCUCGUCAAUAUUUCUCCGCUUCUGAAUAGUGUCAUCGGUCGCAAUACAUUCAUGACUGGCGACCUUGAGCUAGAUGUGGAGCUAAGCACCUUGAAAGGAAGAAAGUUUCGGUUAUUUGGCAAAAGUCCGUCAAUCUACAAGGAGUUAUAUGCCGACAUUGUCGCCCCGGCGCUCGGAGUUAAUCUUUUUGUGCGAACCGAUCGCAAUAGCUGUUCAGCCUGUCAAAAUUUACCGAACAAAUGUAACGACAACAAGAUCUACAACAUAAAAGAAGUUGUCGGCCCUCAGGGUAGAUCGAUAUCUGCAUUAACAGAUCACUCCAAGUGGGCCGUAUCCCAGAAGAAUUCUGCCAGUGAUUGGAUCUGCAUCGGGGAUCUCGAUCGCCAUCAAUCGCAUCUAAGUCGCGGGGGCACCGCCAUCUGUCUCGAGGAUUCGGUUGUAAGCGAAAGAUACCGUGAAUUGAUUUACUCAUAUGAAGAGUGUCAAUAACCAAAUGCGUAAUGUCGACUACGACACCUUCUACUUGUUUAUAACUAUUAUUCUAUAAUAUAUAACAAUAUUUCAGACAAGAUGCACAAAGUA